ACUUUCAAAAACACUGAUCCGGCCGGAGCUUGGCUCCACAGAAAUUCGGGACAAAUUAUGUUGAUCUAAAUCAUACCGUUUCAGAUUACAUAAGGUUAUAAAACUUGUUUGAUUUCUUCAUUGACACAAAGUUUGGUGAGAGAUAAAUUAUAUGAUUCUCCUUCUUCUUUAGUCGAAUUGAACUAAUAAUGGAUGGCUUUGCUAGAUUAAUAAUAAUAAUAAAAAAUAGUAUGGUACAAGUAAUUAAGCCAAGUACAUAAAAUUGCCAAAAAAUAUACACAUUUUCUAUUAUUUCAGUAACUUGAAUGAAACUUUUAAGAAGGUCUUUUCAAAAUGGCCGCCGCACCAAACCCGCCAAAUAACCAAAUAUUCCUAAAACCCCAAAAAACCAUUCUCAACCAUAAUUCUUUGUUAAUGUUACAUGUAUAUUAUAAAAUAUUGUCGAAUAACCUCAAAUUUACGACCUUAUAUUAUACAGCCUUUUAUAAAGCGAAUAUCGUUCUAGGUAUGGUCAAUACGUAUUUUUAUAUGAAACUAAAAAGAUACAUAUCCCGCAGGAGUUCCGCGUAAUUAAUUUUUCAUUUUAAUUAAAACUACGUUGUUUUAGUAUAUUUUAAUUAGCUACGGUAUGAUCUCGUUUAACUAAAAGGGCAUACUUAAUGGUACCAUCUACUUUAAAAAUAUCGCAAACUAACCUUCAAUUUAUUUUGAAGUCGGUUAAAAAUAUCGUAACGAAAUUUAAUAGUUUACAAAAUUUGUAGGCAUUCCUUUAUUUUUUUUUCAAAACAGUCUAUUUGCCACCAAAAAUACGUGUAAAGAGUGAUAAAAUUAUAUAACCUCAAAAUUGACAGCUAACCUCGAACCAUGAACGAGAAACAACUGAGAAAGUUGGACGAGGAAUCGCUUAAACAUUUGACAGAAGGGCAGGGCCCAACCAACGAAUGUAUUUGUAACCUUCUUUACGCCCCAGAAGAUGAAAAACGAGGUUUCAGAUCUUCAAUUAGGAAGGCUUGGCGCAGUUCCAUGGCGAAAAUUAGAAACAGCAGAAAGGAUUUUAAACAAGGCGUGAAUAUGCCCCUCAAUGGCACGAGUGCUUCCAAAGCAAAUGGAUGGUACUCCAUGAAAGAGGUUGUGAAACGUACGUCCGAUUGCGGGAGAAAGUGCGGUUGCGAUAAGGGAAAGUUCGUGUUGAAUCAUUCGUUCGCGAACAUUCGCAUCGUUACGCCCGAUAUAUCGUCCAUAUGCCCGUGCGACCAAGCCUGUCUACCCGGCAAAGAACAACUCAACAAUAAUAUCAAGGUCACAGUGGAGCGUGUCCAACUGACUUCAGAUGACGAUGUGCGCGAUCCACGGCAGACGAUGAGCGAGCCGAAGUUUGUGAGAAAAUCAUCAAUCUUGUCUAUGGAUGAGGAUAAAUAUGACGAGUAUGAAUACGAAUCCAGUCGGGAGGAUUCCGUAGACGAGAAAUCUGACAUAUAGAUGUUGACGGAGGGAGUUUGUCUAUGAUAAAAUAUGUAAUUUGAAUUUAGAGACCGCAUCGAGCGCUAUGGGCAUGAACAUACAACUUCAAUCGACUUUGUACGUCACAAAUACAAAAUUUAACACAGAAAAUUAUUUUUAAUUUGAUGACACAUUUAUAAUCGAGGAAUCUCAAUAACAAUAAUACAAGUAAUAGUUUGUUGCUUACAUGCUCUGGCAAUGGCACAAUAAAUCCAAACGGCUAUCAAUGAAAUUUAAAAUUGUUUGCGCAUAAGAAAUAUUUUUACCGAGUUAUUCGAUUGUUGACCACAACCAAUUUCGGGGACUGGAUCCGCGCGAAAAUAGUCCUGUGUCGCAUUAUGAGGAACUAUCAAUCAACGUUAGGCCAUCUUGUUGUUUUCUGCGACGGUGGCGUCACCUCGGCAGGACUCCAAUUGUGGUCCGGACAGGUGAUUUUAUCAGUGAUUAUAUAUCUAGAGAGAAUAUAUCAAUGCUUAAAUAUACUAUUCUUGCCGAGAUAAAAGAUAUGCAAUGUUGUAUUAAACUGAAGAAAAUAAUGCGAAAACGAGUAUUGAACCAACUAUAGAGGCAGCCGGGAAACAAGAAUAAAAAUGUCAAAAUUCAAUGUGGUUAAAAAACUAAAUUAAAAUCUUUGUGAUGUGUAUUAAUCCUACUGGAGUGGCCCAACAAGUGAAACACCCUGUCACAUCCUAAGAUAGCCCAAACGUUAUUAUGUAAAGAGUUGAGUUAACGCUUUAAAUUGGAAAUAUAUUGGCCGUUAUCGCAUCCCUUUUAGUCAUGCAACGUAUAAAAAAAAUAGUACCGACCACUUGCUUAAAAAAAACUACGUACUUAACUACAUAAUCACAUGCUAUAUAUAGUUUGCUGCACAUGCAUAAUAAAAAACGGCACGGCACGACUUUUACUUUGCCAAAGAGGAACGCGUGUGGUUGGAUUGUCAAAUCUAAGUGGCCACUACGGUUGGUUUAAUACUCAAAGCUGCAUAAGCCAUUAAGGAAAGGAAUUUUAAUUGAAAAUUAUUAAAUUAAUAAUUAAAUUGUACUUUUUUGUCUUUCAUCAAAUGGAUUUAACACUUGCAAUAAAUUUAAUCAGAUCUUCA